GUGGGUUAAAGAAGAGGAGAGGUGACAGUGUCAAGGUAGAACGAUAAGAUUCAAACAGAACACAGAAGAGGGCAGGAGGACAAAUCUACAAACAGAACGACAACAGUGUCCUUCAACUUGAAAGUGAGGGACAACAGUAAGGACAAUCAGCAGUAAAGAGGCAAAGAAGCUGCGUUAGAUGCAACAAGUAUUGUGAAAAGUAUUGUCAUCCAAAACUUAAGUUAUAAAGUGUGAAGUGUGAUGGCACCGCAGGUCGUCAGCUCACCCUUCCUGAAGCCUUUCUUUCUGAAGACACCACUAAGCGUUGCCAGCCCUCGACGCCAGCGACGACAUACAUUACCUGCCAGCGAGUUCCGUAAUCUCACGCCACAGGAUGCCAUCAGUGUAUUUGAGAUAGAAAGAGAAGCUUUUGUCUCUGUUUCCGGAGAAUGUCCACUCACCCUUGAUGAGGUACUCAGUUUCCUGGGUCAGUGUCCUGAACUUUCUCUUGGGUGGUUUGAAGAGGGCCAGCUGGUAGCCUUCAUCAUUGGAUCUGGCUGGGACAAAGAGAAACUUGAACAGGAGGCCUUGAAUACACACGUCCCUGACUCUCAAGCAGUACACAUCCAUGUGUUGUCUGUGCAUCGCCACUGUCGGCAGCAGGGCAAGGGCUCCAUCCUGCUUUGGCGCUAUCUGCAGUACCUGCGCUGUCUGCCAGGCCUGCGCAGGGCACUGCUGGUCUGUGAGGAGUUCCUGGUGCCCUUCUACCAGAAAGCUGGCUUCAAGGAGAAGGGUCCCUCCGCCAUCACUGUGGGGACAUUAACCUUUACAGAGAUGGAAUAUCAACUGGGAGGUCAAGCCUAUGCACGACGGAACAGCGGAUGUUAGAUGCUUUAGGUUAAGGCACAUCAGAUCCUGAUAAAGGACAUCAUGAUUAGAUUCUGGACUCUGAGGUCUACCCAUAGUUAAGGACUCAAAGCCCUACAACCAUCUGAGCAAAGAACCAGAGACUUAUCUAUGCACUCAUUUUAAGAGGUCAAAGCACUAAUGUUCUGGCUAUACAAAGGCAACAAUGCAUUAAGAUUACAGAAUCUAGGACUGUAUUUUUUAUAUAUAUAUAUAUUCUUCAGGCAAAAAUUCUCAACACAAAAAUUCAACCAUUCAAAAAGCAAUCAGGAUCUUAUAUCAUUCCUAUUAAAAUUGAGAUUUUGUCAAAUAUUUGUAUUUUUUAUAACUGUAUAAACCUUUGGAUAGUAGUAGUCCGUUGAAUGUUGAAUAAUUUUUAGAAUAAAAUCAUGUGACAAUG